AUGAAGCGCCCAAUAUCCCUCGAAAAUCUGACACUUCUGGAUGAAAAGGGCGAUUUGUUGAGGAAAUGGAGAGAACCCACUUCGAAGGCUUUGAGAGCUUCACAAAUCGAAAUGAAGUCUUCGUCAUUGCCAGACGAUGAUAUGACCGCGCAGGCGAUCCAGUUCCUCGCCGACGCGCUCGAUAAGGGCGGAAUUGAGAACGACAUUGCCACGUUUAUGAAGACGCAAUUUGAGACGAAAUACGGGCACAAUUGGAACUGCAUUAUG